AUGUGGAAAGCAUUGCUUCGUAAAGCAUUGUCGUCUAUCAAACGACCGUUUAUAAAUUUUGAUGUGGAAAAUAGAGCCUUAAGACACUUGGAAAAAACCAAGGAUGUGGCGAAGGCUGCCCCAAAGCAUCCUGGUACGGCUGUUGUAGUAGAUGAACGAUAUGAAAAAUUGUCUUCACACAAUCCUAAGUUGGAUGCGGAUAUUAAUUCCUUUGAAAUUAAGUCAGAAACAAUUACUGAAGGCAUACUUCCUAGUGGAGUAAACUAUGUCAAAAACUCAACCCGCAAGCUUCCACAGAAAGUCACUUCUUUUGAUCCCUAUCCUACACCUCAUGAAGAAUUUGGUUUUAUCGUCCCAGAAACAGUUCCCAAAGGAAAAUUAACAAUGCGUCAGGCUGUUGAACUCAUGAAGUCAUAUCAGACAGGCACUGAAAGCGCUGAUAAUUUGAGCAAAACGUACAACAUUGAUAAAGAUAAGAUGGAACACAUUUUGCAACACUUUUCCCUGUUUGGUGUCGCUGAUGAACGUAUUUGGAUGCCCACUCACCUUUUGUCUCUUCCCGAACAAAAGCUGUUAUCGGAACCUGUCGCAGAUACACCUAAUGAUAACGAGCGCAUUGGAGGAAGUGCCUACAAUCAAAGGAAAGAUGCUUUAGAGGGUUUCAAAACUAAAUGA